AGGGGUCCCCCCAUCUCUCUGCCCAUGCCGGAGAUGCGUUGGAACCCCCAGUUGGAGCAAGUGGGUGCUUUUUUGGGGGGGUGCCAAGGUCCCACAGGGAAAAAGGCCCAUCCUGGUGCAGGGCAGGAGGCGGCAGGCUGGGCGCCACAAGGGUGUCCCCAAGCUGGGGAACAUCCAAGGUGUGCCAGGAGUACCCUGUACCAUGGGCAGCCCACCCAGCCCCAUUGCCACAACACAGCCCUACCCUGCGCCUGUGUCCCCCCCAAGCACCGCCGUGUUGCUGCCAGAGCCCCAUAUUGAGAACCAAUGCUUUUCUGCCUUGCAAAAUCGAGCUAAUUGCACAUUUACACCUCCCCCACCCCAGAGGGCCCUCGCUGGGAGCUCCCCAGUGGGUCACAGCCACGGGCAGUGCGGGAGGGGCUCCAUGGCGGGGGUCCUGCCCCCUCCACCAACACCUACCACCGUACCCCUGUACCACCACACCCUACGCUCGCUGCAUCGCCUGUGCCUGCACCGCAGAGCAAACCUCAGACCCUCUGCGUGUGUACUGCCGUGCAAAACCCACCACGCUGCACGCCCUGGACCCCAUUGCGUGUGCAUCUCUGUGCUGAAUGCAUUGCUCAGCACACCCCCAGAGCUCCCCCCCCAGCUUUGUGUGCGCCGCCGUGCAAAACACAUUGCUCUGAACACCCCAUACCCCCCCUGCACCUGCACGGAUGCGCAAAACUCACUCCACCGCACGCCCCAGACCCCCCUCUGUGUGCACCACUGCUAAACAAAUUGCGCUGCACCCCCCAGGCCCCCUGUGCACACACCGCUGUGCAAAACACAGUGCACUGCACGCCCCAGGCCCCCCUGCGCCUGCACUGGUGUGCAGAACUCGCUGCACGCCCCAAACCCCCUGUGUGUGCCCCUCUGUGCUAAAUACGUUGCUCAGUAUGCCCCCAGACACCCCCCUCCCCCGCGCGCUCACCGCCGUGCAAAAUGGUGUCGCACGCACCAGACCCCCCAGUACCUGCCCUGCGCUGCACACCCCGCAGCGUGCACGUGUGUGGUGCAAGCACCACUGUGCGGAACGCGCUGUGCUACACGCACCCCCUCCACACACACGCAAAACACAGGCAGCGGCCUUCGCACACGCGUCUUCACACGCGUUGACCGCAGGCAGGUGGCCGUGUCCACCCUGCGUGGGGUGCGCGCAGGCUGGGGGAGAGGGGAGGGCUCGCCUGUGUGCAGGCUGCCAUCGCCCCUGCGCUCCCUGCCCCGUGCCUCCCGCUCUGCCAUGGCUAUAUUUAGCGGCGGGGGCCGGUGCUGGCGCGGCGCAGGGCCCACCUGGCACCACCAGCGGGGACGCCUGGGCCCCCGCCAGCCGCGCAGGGGACCGCAGCCCGCCGGGGAGAAUGGCCGCUCUGUUCAGCCUCCGGCUCGGUGGCGCUGGCGGCAGGGGCCACCCCCCACACCCCACCCCCCGGGAGCAGCACGGGGCGGUGGCAGAGCCCUGUUGCUUCCCCACCUCUGUUCCCACAUGGGGAAUGUUUUCGGGGUGCAAAUGAACUUUAAAAAUGUUCAAUGCGAGAACCUGCUUGAGCCUCAGCGCGGGCUGGGGUCACUCUUGGAUAUGGGACACCCCUGUCUCAGGGCUGGGAACCCCUCCUGGCUGGGGAUCCCCAAGGGGGUGAGGACCCCAAAGUGGGGCUGGGCGUCCCUGGGGAGGUGGGAACUCCGAAUAGAGACCCCCAGUGCCUCAUCCCCCGGGGCUCGCCCGGAGCAGCCCCCCAGGAAUGCCACGCCAGGCGGAGAGUGAGUGCUGGCACGCGAGGUCAGGGGACGGACGCCUGCCAUCGCGUCUCCUCCUGCGCCUGGUUUGUUUUGUGAGUCCCCCAGCAGUCCUAGGGCAGCACAGCGAUCACGGCCCCAUGGGGCUGGGACGGGGAGGGGGAAACCCAGGGCUGUUUUCGUUCUUCAGCCGAAGACUAUCACAAAUGACGCAAGUUCCCAAAAGAGCCGGGCAGGGGGGCGGCGGGGAAUGUGUCAGCCGGAGAGAGGCGGCCAGAUGUGCUCCAGCAGCUCCAGGGCUGCUGCCCCACGGUGAUGCUGCCAGGAUGCAGCAGCCCAACAGCGAAGCCCCAUAUGCUGCCCCAGAGUGGUUUGCCCCACGGAUGGCUCUGAUAGGCCAUGUGCCUCCCGUGCGCCCUGGGGAGGGGCCACCAUGUGUGGUCAGAUUCCAGAGUGAUGUCCUCCUGCCUGAGGUGCCCACGGAGAAGCCCCCAUGCCAGACAGAGACACUGAUGGCCACAACGGAGAUGCCCCGGGAGAUGUCAGCCACGGAUGAGGUGCCCCAGGAGAUGCUGUUGGCCACAGCUGAGCUGCCCGCCAAGGCCCUGCCAGCUGUGCCCAGUGUGGUGCCACCCACCGAGGCUGGGAAGGAUCCCUGCGGGGACGAGCUGCCACCCUGCCCUGGGACGUCGGGGACUCGCCCUGGCAAGGAGCCCCCCAUGGCGGUGUCGGUGCCUCCCACCUCCCUGCGGACGCCAGCAGAACAGCCCCACCGGUUGGUGCCCCGGGGGACCUGCUUGAUCCAUAACUGGCAGGAGGAGAGAGCCACAAACCACCUGGACACCAUGCCGGGGCAGGAGCUGGGCAGCGAGGGCUUCACCCACCGUCACGGCCACCAUGGGCUGCUGGUCAACCAGCUCCUCUCCGGCCCCACCAACAGCACCACCACAAAGGACACCUACCGCCCACCGCACAGGGUGCUGCUGCUGGGGCGAGGGCAGCGGGAGUCCAUGCUGGAGUCCAUGCUCUACCAGAAAUACAGGGAGGAAAUGCUGGAGAAGAUCUGUCCCCCCCGGAAGCCCAUGGAGUCGGUCUCCACCACACAUCGUGACUACCGCGGCGGGGGCUGCCAGUUCAUGCCACUGCCCACCACCCAGCCCCACAACUACUGCACAGAGCAGCCCUGCAGCUUCUGGCUGGAGCAAGCCCACAGACUACCCGGUGUCACCAGCAUCUGCAGUGGGGACAGUCCCUUUCGGAGGAAUGCAGCCUUCUCCACCCCCAUCACCGAGUCCCUGGGGCAGCCCCUGCCCUGCACCCCCCCAAGCAGCCAGCUCCAGCCCCGCAAGCAAUAAAGAGCAGGGGGUCAGAGGUGGUCCCAGCAUCCUUGCCACCCCAGGGUUGUCCUCAGGCUGGGCGUUUGGAGUGGGAGCACGAUGUCCCUGGCAUCCCAAUCCCCGUGGGGCCAUGCAGCACAGGCGUGGGGACACCGUCCAGCC